UCUGUUCAAUGACGCUUUACAGCAUCGCUUUCACCAAACGAGACACGAACCAACUACAGGUUUGUAGAGCUUGUUUGACUCAGAAAAUUAUGGACCAGGUGUGAUCUUUGUAUAUUUCACACAAUCUCUUUCACCAACCCUCCGUUCUCUAUCAAGAUGGCAUCAUGUGUUUCCGGCUGCUCUCCAGUGGUGAGGUUCUGUCAGAAGCUGAACAGGCUGAAGACGCUGGAGGAGGACGUAAUGGCAACGUCACUAAAACGUUGUCUGUCCACAGUGGACCUCGCACUGCUUGGUGUUGGUGGCAUGGUGGGUUCAGGCCUGUAUGUUCUCACGGGAACUGUUGCUAAAGACACUGCAGGACCAGCUGUAGUGGUGUCUUUCAUCAUAGCUGGAGUGGCGUCUCUCAUGGCAGCACUGUGUUAUGCUGAGUUUGGUGCCCGUGUACCAAAGACAGGCUCUGCCUACAUGUUCACUUACGUCUCUGUUGGGGAAAUCUGGGCAUUCCUGAUUGGCUGGAAUGUAAUUUUAGAGUAUAUGAUUGGUGGGGCGGCAGUAGCUCGUGCAUGGAGUGGAUAUCUGGACUCUAUUUUCAAUCAUCGCAUUCAGAACUUCACCGAGAGUCAUGUGAUGCGUUGGGAUGUGCCCUUCAUUGCUCAUUACCCAGACCUCUUAGCAGCUGCCAUCCUCCUAGUAGCUUCCUUUUUCAUUUCAUUUGGUGUUCGUGUCUCAUCUUGGCUAAACCACAUCUUCUCAGCCAUCAGUAUGGCAGUCAUUGUUUUUAUCUUGGUGUUUGGCUUUGUACUGGCCGACCCAGCCAACUGGAGCACUCAGGAGGGAGGCUUUGCCCCCUUUGGACUUUCAGGUAUCCUGGCAGGAACUGCAACAUGCUUCUAUGCCUUCGUUGGCUUUGAUGUGAUAGCGGCUUCCAGCGAGGAGGCCAGCAAUCCUCAGAGGGCUGUUCCUGCAGCGACUGCAAUCUCACUAGGCCUAGCAGCCACAGCAUAUGUCCUGGUGUCCACAGUUCUUACCUUGAUGGUUCCAUGGCAUACGCUCGACCCAAACUCAGCGCUCUCAGAUGCAUUCUUCAAACGAGGAUAUAGCUGGGCCGGGUUCAUCGUGGCUGUGGGAUCCAUCUGUGCCAUGAACACUGUGUUGCUCAGCAACCUCUUCUCUCUCCCACGGAUCGUGUAUGCCAUGGCAGAAGAUGGCCUCUUCUUCUCUGUCUUUUCCCGUGUAAACCCUGUAACCAAAGUCCCGGUGAUCGCAAUUCUAGUUUUUGGCAGCCUUAUGGCAAUCCUUGCCCUCAUCUUUGAUCUGGAAGCUCUGGUCCAGUUCCUCUCUAUUGGCACUCUGCUUGCUUACACUUUUGUAGCGGCCAGCAUCAUAGUGCUCCGCUUCCAGCCAGAUAAAAGCAGUGGGAGCUCAGGAGGAGGUGGAAUCAAGACAGACGCUUCAUCCACACCUUCAAUGAACCAGUCAGGACAGCAGGUGGAUCCGUCUGCGGUGACGAAUGAGACCCAGACCUUUGCGCAGGACAGCGGAGAGCUGAAGGAGUAUGAGUCCUUCUCUGAUAAACUUCAGCUGGUGGAGCGGCAGAAGUCGGUGAAGGAGAGACGGGCUCCAGGCACACUGAAGGCUUGCUGGGAGCCGUAUCUGGGCCGAAUACUGGGGCACUGUGAGCCAGGCGAGGUGGUGGCGUUCUCUGUGCUCGCUCUGAUGGUCAGUGGACUCUCUCUUUGUGCUGUGCUGGUGUUCGGGAAUAACCAGCUGAAUCUGCCUGUGUGGAGCUUCACCCUGCUGCUGGUCAUCUUCAGUCUGGUCUUCCUGCUCAGUCUGGCUCUCAUCUGGGUCCAUGAACAGCAGCCCAAUCACAAGACUUUUCAGGUUCCUCUGGUGCCAUUUGUUCCUGGCUUCAGCAUCCUUCUGAAUGUAUUUCUCAUGUUGAAGUUAAGUCCAAUUACCUGGAUCCGUUUCGCCAUAUGGGUUGCAGCAGGUCUUCUGGUGUAUUUCGGCUAUGGUAUCUGGCACAGUAAGGAGGGUUUGCGGGAGCAGCAGGGACAGGAAGUGGCAGCGCGUUACGUGGUCCUUCCCAGCGGCAGCCUGGUGGAGACAGUCCAGAACGUCCAGCCUGAAGGACACACUCUCAGCACACACUCACCAACCCACGACAUUCCACCUGCCAGCAGAUGAUCUGAUCAUGCUGAGGUGUGUUUACAGUACACCUGCAUGCCUGCCUGUUCUAUUACUCAUGAUUUUCCUUCUCUUCAGUUUACUGACAACAUGUCAAGAUAAACUGUUCAUCAAAACGAUGGUUUGAAGGGAUAUUCCAGGUUCAGUAGCUUUUGUCAAAUAAUGUUGGUUACCACAAAAAAUAAUUUGGACUUCCCCCAUUUCAAUAGGCAAAAAAACAAUAGGCAAUAGAGGUAAAUGGGACCAAUUUUGGAGCAGAAAUGUGUACCUUAUUAUUUUAUAAAGCAAUUCUUCUGCUAAAACUGUAGUAUUUGAGCUGUAAAGCUGUUUAAAUCAUUUUUACAGUCAUUUUAAGCAUUAAGGGUUUACAACAUUGCAAUGUCAUUGCAACAAAGUUGUAAAAUUGUAUAUACCUUUACAAAGAAAAGCUUUAUUGUUUACAUCUUGUGACUAUAAUGUUGAAACGGUGAGUAUUUUAAUAUCUACCAGUUGGCCCAAAUCACUUACUUUGAAAGUGUCUCACUGUAAUCCAGAUUUUUGGCAUUUUUUAAAGAAAAUAAAUUAAAUGGAUAGUCAUUUUUGUGGUAAUCAACAUUAUGCCACAAAUGCUGUUAAUUGGUCUUAACCUGUACUGACACCAACAUAUUUCUUUAAAGACAUUGUAUUGUAUUUAAGCAACCAUUAAUCAACUACGGCCAUUUAUUUUCUUUCUUACGUACACAAACACACACACGCACGCACAUACUUUGAUGGCCAUCAUUUUAAUUUAACAGCAGGCAGGAACCAUGUGGAUCAUGUGAAUAUACUUAAACAUUACUAUAUUUACACACCCAUUAUUUUUGCAGUCUGGGUCACAAACACACUCCUUAAACGCACACUAACCUCAGUGGCUCUGUUUCCACCAUCUUUCUACAUGUUUUGUUUUCCACUACGUCUCUGCACCUUAUAAAUAUUUAUUUUU